AACAAAAUGGGGAACGAUGAAAAUCUUGCACCAAAACCUGAUUAUUCGUACGCCUCGAUGAUUUGUCAAGCGAUUUUUUCAUCCUCUGGAAAGAAAUCUACUCUUGCGGAAAUAUAUGAGUGGAUAUGCUCCACUUAUCCAUUCUUUAAAAGAAAUCAACAAGGCUGGAAGAAUUCGAUCCGCCACAACCUCUCAUUGAACGCAGCCUUUGUUAGAGCCUCACGUGGCGAAGGAGUCACAGGAAAGGGAGGUUACUGGAUGGUCGAUCCCAAAUAC